ACCAACUCGUCUACAUGCAGCUGUGUGUUCUGUUUGUGUUGUUAAAUGGCCUUUAAAAUAACUUCUAGACUCACUGAAUUAAUUCACCGCGUUAAGUUCUGUCAGACCGCCUUCAGCUCGUUAAGCUGCGGCGGAAAAUUUACGGUGGAGCACGACCGACACAACCGGCGCUUCACCGUCGCUCCAGGCAGCGGCGCCGGGGCUCAUGAAUACGCGGUGCUGCAUUACAGAUUCAUUGGGGAGAAGCAGGUGGACCUGAUGUCCACAUUUGUACCUGAGUCGUUUAGAGGCCAAGGUGUUGCAGCAGUGCUGUCACAGGCUGCCAUGGACUUUUUGGUGGAGGAGAACCUGAAGGCCCGUGUUUCCUGUUGGUACAUAAAGAAAUACAUUGAAGAACACCCUCAGCUCUAUAAAGACCUUGUUAUCUCUUGACUGCAGUUUGCUUUUCCACUACAUACCAGAUGGCUACCUCACAAAUACAGGAUUUAAAGGGGUAGUUAAUUUAAUUGUUUUUUUUUGUUUUUUUUUUUUGUUUUGUUUUUUUUUAAUAAAUUCAAAUUUAAUUUAAUUGAGAAUAGAAGAUGACACAUGAUUUUGAUUUUAUUAACCUAAAACUAGAGAUAUGUUCCUUUUUGUAUCAGAUUUUACUUUUUAAUGUCUCUAUAAUGUUUAUUAAGUUUUAAUGUUUGAAUAUUAAUGUGACAUUUGUUUAUUUAAUCAAAAAAACCGUUAAUUUCCUCAGAGUUUAUUGAUAUCUGGAGAAAAUGUUAUUUAUAUGCUGACAAUGACUGGGGGAGACACAGUUGUACAAACCCUGAAAUGUGGAAAGAGUAAAAACAUGGAAACAAAACUUAGUGAAUAACAAAAGACUAAUAGACAAGGUUUAAUUUGCAAAUGUCAGUUAUGCAAAGUUGAAAGUAAGAACUGCGUGUGUUUAUUAUUUUAUUGAGAUGUCAACACAAAAUGUUUAAAACCACAAAAUCUCUCCAGCAGUGAGGUAACCUUGUGCAGAAAGUAAAUGAUGGAUUUGCCCGUGUAUGUGAGGGUCGGGUAAAUAAAUAGGUGUUUGGUGAGUCCUUUGUUAAGGGUGUGAAGUGCUGGAAAAGAACCAUCCUCAUGUUUGCUGUUAUUCUCUAUCAUGGACAAAGUUUCUUGAAGGUAUCACAUUGUGUUAUCACAUCUGGGUCUUCAGAUGAUGCUCCAAUGUGCAGUAAAAUGUAGGCGGUGUUGCACAAAAUGCUCACAAAGAAAGAAACAUUACUAGAAUAAUAUAGACUACAUUUACUUCAGCAAGUCUACAUCCUGCAUAUGAAUAAAAAUAUCUGAAAGUCAA